AUGAGCUCUCCUUGGCUGCCACUUGAGCGCCGCGACAUUUCACUCGCCAUUGUUGUAUCUGCCAACGAAGAUCCAUCCACGGGAGGAGCCGAGGUAGUAGGAGUUGGCAACAUUCUGGGAGGCCAAAGGCCGGAGGGGGAUGAUGGCUUUGCUGAUGAUGUCGAAGAAGGAGAGACCUUUAUGGUAUCUUCUUCGCUCUCACGGUCGAUGAGAAUCACAAGAGGGCCUUCGGGCGUUCUUGUGUGUGUCUUCGCCAUUGCGAGCAAAGCGGAGGCGGCGGGCGUGGUCAAUAGCGUUGAGGUCAUUGGUGAUGGACUUGAUCAGAAUGGGAGUGAUGAAGAAACAUUUUCAAUUAGCUCUACUACUGUUUUUGCCUUCUCUGCUUGGAACUUGCUGGCUUUUUGCAAUUGUGGUGGUGGUUCCAUUUGCAGAGAAGUAGAAAGGAAGGCACUUGUUGAUUUCAAAAAUGGCCUUAAAGAUCCCAAUGGACGUCUCUCUUCUUGGAUUGAACUGGACUGUUGCUCUUGGACCGGCGUGCAUUGCCACAACUACACUGGCCAUGUUAUAAGGCUUGAUCUCAACAACGACGGUGGCAAUGGGUCUUUGGGAGGUGAGAUCCGGCCUUCUUUGCUUGUUUUGAAUCACUUAAGAUAUUUGGAUCUUAGUGAGAACUAUUUUAAAUAUACUAGAAUUCCAACUUUUCUGGGUUCACUGGUGAGUCUUCAAUAUCUUGAUCUUUCUUCUGCUGGCUUCAUUGGGCGUGUCCCACACCAACUUGGUAAUCUGUCUCGCUUGCAGUACCUUGAUCUUUCAUAUAAUUCUGUUGAUAUGGUUGGAAGCCAUUGGCUCACAAAUCUUUCUUCUCUUCAAUGUUUGAAUUUGAAUGGUGUGAAUCUUUCCGAGGCAAAAAAUGUGCUCAAAUCACUAAACACCCUUCCUUUGAUAUCUGAGAUUAACUUAUAUGAUUGUGAGCUUCACAUCCCUCUUUCACUUGGUGUUGAAAUUAACUUUACAAAUCUUCGAUUCCUUGAUCUUUCCUACAAUGACAUUAACUCCACCAUGCCUCAAUGGUUGUUCAAGUUGAGUGGCCUUGAGUAUCUUCAUCUUUAUGAUAAUAAUUUUCAAGACCUUAUCCCUUCCGAUAUUGGGAAACUUACUUCUCUUAGGGUCCUUGAUCUCUCAUAUAAUGGUGUCCUAAGUGUUGAACUACCAACUACUUUGGGGAAACUCUGUAACUUGAGCAAACUAUAUCUCUCGGAAAAUAAAUAUUUCUCUGGUGAUCUUAAUAGAUUGGGAGAAAUAUUUUCCGGGUGCUUGAAAAACAGUUUAGAGGAGUUAUAUUGGAGUAAUGCAUCACUCAGUGGGCCAUUGCCAAGUUGGUUGUGGAACCUUAAGUCUCUUAAGGCUCUUGAUCUUUCUUCUAAUAAUUUUAAUGGAACUAUUCCAAAAUAUUUGGGACAAUUAUUACCGGAGCUGGACACGUUGGUCCUAUCUUAUAAUAAUAUAGCAGUGAGAGCCGAUUGGGUUCCUCCACCUAAACUAAAAUAUUUGAAUAUGAACUAUUGCAAAGUGGGCCCAAAGUUUCCAUCAUGGCUUCAGAAUUUGAAAAUUUUGUCUUCACUUGAAAUGUCAAAUGCAAGUAUUGUUGAUGCGCUACCACUAUGGUUUUGGAACUUCUCUUUGGACAUUGGACGCAUAGAUUUAUCACACAAUGAAAUUAAAGGCAAAAUACCAGCAGGUUCAUCAAAAUUAACCAAUCUUGAAAUUUUGGAUUUAAGUCAUAAUUAUUUGGAAGGACAGUUGCCACAUUUUUCAUCAAAUCUAGCAUAUUCGGAUCAGGCGCAGGGCUUAUUCUCAAGAUCUAGUUUCUCCAAUACAAGCUUUAUACUGCUAAGUUUGUCUGAGUUGUAUAUUUCUUCAAACAAAAUAACAGGAAGUAUACCUAGCUCAUUAUGUGAAUUAAAUUAUUUGCAAGUCCUUGACCUCUCGAAGAAUAUGAUUGAAGGAGUAGUUCCUGAUUGCUGGAAUCAUUCUUUGAUAGUAAUGGAUUUGUCUUAUAACAAUCUACAUGGAAUAAUUCCCGCAUCUAUCUUCUCCACAAUUUUGUUCGUUUUGCAUUUGAGCAAUAAUGAUUUUUUUGGAGAGCUCCCAUUAUCCUUUAAAAAUUGUACAUCAUUGAAAACUUUAGAUCUUGGAAAUAAUAAAAUUAGUGGAAGUAUACCAGUAUGGUUUGGAGAAAAUUUGCAGGCACUAGAGACACUUGAGCUUCGAUACAAUAUGCUUACUGGAACUAUUCCUCCACAAUUGGGAAACCUCACAUAUCUUCAUGUCAUUGAUGUUUCAAAUAACCAUCUAUCAGGUGCCAUACCAUAUAGUUUUGGCAACUUUAGUGCGAUGAAAACUGAUAAUCUUGGAUUCAUUUGGUCAAGCAUAAAUGGUUAUGUGAACAAUAUUGAGAUAAAUAUGAAAGGAAGAGAAUUUGAGUUGGAAGGGAGAAUACCAUCAUUAUUUAUUUGCAUUGACCUCUCAAAUAAUAUGUUAUCAGGAGAGAUACCAGAAGAAUUAGCGCACCUUUCAUUUCUGCAGAGCUUGAAUUUAUCCAGAAAUCAUUUAUCAGGACAACUUUCAGAAAAAAUUGGAGAGCUCAGGUGGUUGGAAGUUCUUGAUUUAUCAGUGAAUAAUCUUUCAGGUGUUAUUCCUCCAACAAUGACCAACUUAACUUCAUUGAAUCAUCUGAAUUUAUCGUACAACAAUUUCUAUGGUGAAAUUCCAUACGGUGGUCAAUUUCAAGUACUUCUAGAUCCAUCUAUUUAUUUUGGCAACCGAGGCCUAUGUGGUGUUCCAUUAAAUACAAAGUGUGAGAUUGAAGCACCAGCGCAACCACCCGGGUUGCCAAACAAUGAAGAUGACAACAACUUGGAGGCCAUAUGGUUUUAUUUGAGCAUGUCUUUGGGAUUCAUAUUUGGGUUUUGGGCAAUUUCUGGUGCAUUGAUACUGAAAAAGAGCUGGAGUGAAUAGUGCUACCUUGUCUUCUUGGAGGCCAAAAUAAAGGAUUACAAUCCAUAUAUGUGGAACACGAGCAGUAAUUGGGGGUACGAUCUUAUUUAGAGUUUUACAUUUUACUUCCUACUUGUAUUAAUUAUAUGCAUAAACUGUCAUGAAAAAUCUUUUGAGAAUGUAAUUUUAAUUUGUUAUGAAAUUUUAUCUGGUGUAUACAUUUACUCUCUUAUGGUAACGUUAUUAUUGUCUUUAGUUUUAAUAAAGGAUAUUAUAUGUAAGUUGAGCAUAUCAAUGUGCUUGAUCUUCCUGUGUUAGUGGAAGUUCUCAGUGAGUAUAUACUUGAAGCUUCUCAAAAGACAAAACAGAAGUGAUCCUGGUUCUUCAAUUCUUCUACUAGUUUCUAUGUUUUCUGGAAGUUCACUACAAUUUUUCUCAAAUAGCUCAUCAUCAAAACUACUAGAGAUGUGUCCCAUGUGGUUCUAUAAGUUACCUUUUCUAAAAGAAUGGCAAUUUGAGCGAGCUAGCAGUUUCCUGCAAUAUAUAUGAUCUUCAUGCCAACAAUGUAAUUCAGUACAAAGUGCUGCCAUACAUUUCGGUUAAUGGCGUACUGAAAGAGAACAACCAUAUAUCAACCAUGAUUUUACAAGGGAGAUACAUCUAUCUAUAUAUCUAUUGUUCUGCCUCUUAAUUAACAUGCAUCAAAGCAUGCACAGAACCCCAUAUAUUUACAUGAAUGUAGCAAUUACAAAAAGGAUCCUUCGUUUGAAUGCAUUUGGGUUG